AUGGCAACUCCCAAUCCACCACCAGAGGAUAAAUUGAUGGAGUCAAUCCUUGCUUCUCUUUUCACAAGACCAAAUUCUAGCAUCGUCGGACCACCAAUUGUUGCCAACAAUUAUGCUAUCCAUCCAUCACUGAUAUCCUUGGUGGAGAAAACUCUAUUUGGUGGGGAAGAUUACGAAGACCCCCAUGAUUUCAUGGACAGAUUUAUAAGAAUUUGUGAUACAACCAAGCACCACGGGAUAUCAGAUGAAGCAAUUAGACUCAGGUUAUUCCCUUUUGCUGUAACAAGGAAGACUCACAGAUGGUUGGAUAGACAGGCUCCCAACAGUAUCAGAACAUGGGAUGAGUUGUCGGCCAAGUUCUUUGCUGAGCACGUUUCCAUGGAGAAAUACAAUAAGUUGGUUAAUGAAAUUACCAACUUCACUCAACAGCCAGGAGAAACUCUAUGUGCAGCUUGGACCAGAUUCCAAGAACUGAUCAGAAAGUGCCCCCAGUAUGAUUUGCCAGACGGGAAGAAAGUCAGGGUCUUUUACAAUGGGAUGACACCAGAUUCCAGAAUGGUUUUCAAUGGUGCAGCUGCUGGAACCAUAAGGAAGAAGACAACAACUCAAACUUUAGAGCUAAUUGACUAUAUGACAAAGAAUGAGAAUGCAUCUAUGGCAGUUCAACCAAGAAAGGGACUUCUUCAAUUGGGGAAUAAUGAUGUUGUGUUAGCCGAACAUAAGGUUAUAUCUCAACAGCUCGCCAGUAUGAAUGCUAAGUUGGACAAGAUGCAAGUUUCUACAGCUCAAAACUUCCAGAGGAACAAGAACAACGCUCCAGGGAACAACUUUCAAAGGGGAGUUCAAGGGGGAGGUUUGGAUUUCAAAUCCAACAAUUACUUACAACCUCCUCCUAUUCCACAUAAGGAGCCGUUUGGAUUGGAGAAAGUGAUGCUGCAGCUUUCUAAAACCACCAAUGACCAUAUCCAGACCACUGAUACUUUCAUAAAUGAGACAAGAGCCUAUCAUAAGAAUCAAGAUGCUUUUAUCCGAAACUUGGAGAAUCAGAUAGGCCAAUUGUCUAGGCAGCUUGUUGAGAGAAAUCAAGGCCAAUUUCAGAGUAACACCAUAGUCAAUCCGCGAGAAGACUGCAAGUCAAUUGUUACAAGGAGCGGAAUUGUGAUUACUCCUCAAGAAAAGCCAAAGGUGGUUCAGAAAAAGAAAGCUGACGAACCAGUAAUUGAACUAGAGCAAAAAAGAGAGGAGGAAACAUCUGCAAGCGAGAAAGAAGAGCCUGCUAAAAAAGAAAAAGGAGAGGCAAAGGAGAAAGCUGUAGAGACUCCAAAGAAGCAAUGA